UUUUAAAAUGUUAGUAAAAACUACAAAAUUACUUCAAUUUAAUUUCUUCAAAAACUUUCCCAAAUUUGCCUGCCAAUUAUCUUUUCAAAGAAAUAUUUCUUCAAUUACCAAACAAAAUAAUCAAAAACAAAACUUUAAUUUAAUCAACAAUAAUUCAAUUUUAAAUAGAACAUCAAUUGAAGAUUUACAGCAAGAAGGAUUUCCUUUUUGGCAAAUGAAACUGGCUGUUGAAAAUGCAAUUAAUGAAAAUUUGGAAAAAGGUAAAUUUUUCCAUGCACAAAAUGUUUGGAAAAUGUUUGUAGACAAUACACAAUCUACUUUUGGCAUUUUAUCUCUUAUCGAAUUUUCAUUACAAAAUUUUGAAGGAUACAAAUUGAGACAAAAUAUCGCUUCUUUGUGGCAUGAAUCCAAAACUUUGUUAAGUGCGAGCGAUUUUAUUGCAUAUUUGGUUAUUGCUAUGAUGAAGACUGGAUAUAUUGAGGAAGCUAAUAUUUUUGCUAAAAAGUUUACAAUUUUUGGUACAUCAUUUAUUCUUCCAUUUAAAGAAGCAGUUGAAAAAGAAAAGUUUUCUUUAUUAUUGGAGAAUGUUUUCUUUUCUGUUCCAGAACUUACAAAAGAAUUGAAGGCAAAAAGAAAAGCUGAAAUGAUUGAAAGAAAAUUAAAAAAUGCGGAAAAAUUGGAAAAUGAAAGAUUGGACGAUGAAAAAUUGGAAGAGAUGAUAGAAGAAAAUGAGGAAAGAAAAGUUUUUAAAAUUGUUGAACAGGAAAGAAAGCCUCCUUUUAUUUUUCAAAAUUUGAUUUGGAUAUGGGCACCACCUAGAAAAAUAAAUAAUUCUCAGAAGGAUGUUUUGAUUCGUCCAAACAAGCCAAGAAAACAAAGAAUACACAAAGUUAAUUUGAAAAGCUUAGAAAAAUUUUGUAUUGAAUUUAUUGAAUUGUGGCAAUUAAAAGCUGUUCAAAAUUCUGAUUUUUACGCAUUGGAAUGUUGCCAUUCAUUUAUUAAAAGAAAUGGACUUUCAAACACAUUAUCCACUCAAACAAGCAGACAGGAGGGCUUAAAUAAUCCUAUUAACAAUAAACAACUUGUCUUUAAUUAAAGUUUUUUUGGAAUUUUGGGCUUUGUUUGACCCCCUUUUUAUUUUUUCAUCAAUUCUAUGGCAGCAAGUAUCCAUUUCUAUAUUUUAAACCUUUGGGCCGGUGCUGUGCGUGUGUACCAUAACGCUGGGUCAGUAGAGUUAGAUUUAACGGGGAAACAUAAAUGG